AUGGAGUUGGAGGGUUUACUUUCGUCCAAUGGGUGCGUGAUGUUUGCACCCAAAGAAUGGACGACCUACAUAAUUUCUUCAAAAAGAAAGAUUCUUGUUGGGCCUUCGCUGCUGCUGCAGCAUGGGAUUAAAAAAGGAGAGUUGCUGAAUUUAUCAGCACAGCAGUUACUAGAUUGCGCAGAUACUAGUUUCUUACAUGGCGAUAGCGAAGAAGGUGGAAACAUGUUUGCAGCAUUCAGCUAUAUGCUGAAAAAUGGAGGGCUUGCUAGGUGGGAGAUCUACCCAUACAAAAUGCGGAAGGGCCGCUGCAAUGGUCAACUCGCAAGGCAGCAAGCCGCGCAAAUCGAUUCGUUUCACAUCGAAAACUAUGUAAUUGAGAAUAGAUUAAGAGCACUAAUUGACAAGCAGCCUGUUGUGGCUCAAGUCUUAGCGAAUCGCUCAUUUGCCGACUAUGAUGGAAGAUUCUUUGCUGGAUAUCCUACUGAAACUACUAAUCAUGAAGUAUUAAUAAUUGGAUAUGGAACGGACCCGGAACAUAGAGAUUUUUGGAUGAUAAAAAAUUCCUAG